CUCCGGCGCUUAGCACCCCGUUUGCAGAUUGUGGUGCAGGUGUACGACAUCUGGCGAAGUCGCACCUGUCGUUCGUGUCUACGAUCUUUAAUUACACACCCGUAUUUGGAAUUUGGGACAUGCGCAAUAGCACACUGCCUCUGACCAAUCAGGCUACGCCGCGACAGAGUGGAAUGCUGGUUGCAUCAGCCACGUAUUAGUAAAAACAAAGUAUAUACAGUAAACACAAGCGAAUUCCACUUGUUUAUAUGCAGGUCAGCUCUCCCUGAAGCGAAAGAGGCACGCUCCUGUGCCAGAGUGCCUGAUAUCCCCGCCAAAGCGACAUCACUGUAAUGCCACCCUCCCCCAGCAUUUGUACAGAGCUAUCCACCAUCAAAGGACUCACGUUCUUUCUCACCCUCCUCUACAAUAUCUUCACCCGCAGCAGCUUAGGCCCAUCUUUCACCACCCUGGUCCUGUAGUUCAGAAUCCCCCCAACACACUCUGUCACCCACAGCAGUAUAAUCCAAUGGCUGGGGUGCAACCGCCCACUCCAACAAGUAGCCCAUCGCUCUCUGGGAUAGUUUCCCUCCAGCUUAUGGGAAAUUCUAAUGUGCCAAUCACCCCCAGUGUUGUCGGUGCAGAAACACCGGCCGAUGCAAAUCCUACAUCGUCGCUCGUCGGCCAGCUGCAAAUAACGAGCGUCGUGGGAAAUGCAAGUAUGUCUCCAUCGCCACCGAAACCGGUCGAGCCUGCUCCGAGAACCCAACCUCCUCCGCUUAUGUUAGUACCUCGCCAUGGAACAGUUCCUGCUGGUUCUUGCAGCUCUCCCGUGCAGCGUUCUAGUCAGCUGUUACAGCUUUCAAGUUCUCCGUUUCAACACGCCCGACAUCAGUGUAUGCACGUGAGUAGUACACCAUGUAUGCUUGUGGAUCCCACUCCUCGAGAACUGCUCCCGAAGCAAAAGUCAAGUACUGCCAUUGAUCUUUCUUCCUUGUUUCAACCUGUGACCAGCACGGUGACAGAUCGUUCUUCUUCCUCUGGAUCUCAACAGUCAAUGAGCACUACCGCUGUACUUUCUUCUAAACCUGUGACUGGCACACAGACAGAUCUUUCUUGCCACCAGCUACAACCUCAGACACAGUGUGCAUGCAACCCUAUUCAGGGACUACCAACGACCAAAAACGUGUCGAGCAUUGCACGCUGCAACGUAAAUCCUUCUCAACCUCAAGUAGCAGUGCUGCAAGCAGUGACAGAGAUGCUGGAACCAGACAAACACGCCCUGGAACGAGUUGUACACCCACAGAGGAACGAGUUGUACACCCACAAGAGGAACGAGUCAUGGAACCAGUUGUGAAACCAGUCGUCACGAAACCGGUCACGGAACUCAGAAUUGUCCGCGGUAGCUCCCACAAGUCGACCUCUUCCAUCUGUGAAACAGGCAAAUUCAAUGAAGACGACGACGACGACGACGAAAAUCAGUUACGCAUCGUAGAGAAUGCUCCGCCCCAACCAUCUCCCAAGUCGACAUCAACUUCUCGAAGCGAGCCGACCGAACCUCUCUACCACGUCCCGUUUGCCCACUCUCCUCGUCCACGCUCGCUCGGGGGCCCACUGUACCCCAUCAUUAUCGAAGGGGAUCCUCUCGCUGCUGAACUGAAAGCGAAACUAGAAACGUGUGCUCGCCGGACGAAGGCUACAGUAGCAGUAGUUCGCCGUUGGAGAGCGAAUCGCACGACUUUAGCUCGCUGCUGCCUUUUGCAGACUAUGACGAGCCAGUCACACGCAGCACGCGAGAACCAUUGGAGAACUCGAGGAAGGAAGACAGUUAUAACGGAGGGCACACCGAUAUAGAAAAUGGCUCAAGAUCACAAGAAAAUCAAGCGGUAUAUAUUUAACAGUUUUGACUCAGAAUCAUGUAGGCCGUACCUUAUAUGAUUGUGAUCAAAACCAAUGUUUUAUCAUGACUUGCUGUUUUUGGUUUGAACAUGUGUACGUGUGCAUGUAUGUAGGAUCUAAAUUCCUCAGCCGAUUAUUACUUUGGCGAUGAUAUUGGAGAGGAAGAUUACGAGGAGGACUUUGUAAUGGACGUGGAUGUGUUUUCUCCUUCACUACCAGUUACUCCCACAACUCCGCAAAUCAAACACGAUCAUCUUAUCCCGCAGAUCAGGAGCGAUGAUGAGUUGGGUGAGUUAGUGUGCAGCUGUUUUGUGGCUGUUUUGUUAGGGUAGGCAAGUGGGUGUUGUAAAGAGGGUAGGCAAGUGGGUGUCGUAAAGAGUGGUACCAAGUACAAUAGUGGGUGUAGCUCGCUUAUCUCUCAUGCAGGCAAAGACAUGCAACUAAUUAUCAGAAUCGACAGGGGCUUCCUCUCUCCUGCUCCUCCUGCAGUUCCGCCUCUCGUGCGCCGGCUGCGAGUACGGAAACCUUCCCGAAGAUACACAGUCUCUCUCCCCCUGCACACCUACCUCGAGCAUCCGUCACCUACACGACAGCGGAGAAGACGGCACCACUCCUCAGACCCGACGUACAGACCGGGAAUGAGACUGCAAGCCCCAUUCAAACCAAAAACACAACCCGCAGCAAAAAUACCCGGUGGCGAAGAGCGGGUGUCUCAACUGGUCGUCAGUAUCCCCAUCUGUCGCGGUGCGGGUGGAAGGAUACUCUGCGAUGAAGAAGAUGCGUUUGAAGAUAACGAUGAGUCGGUUACAAUAAUGGAGCUCCUGGCGUCAAAACUGGAGCAGGCCAUGGAGGAAGAGGAGAGUCGACGAGUGCCCGAAAUAGUCCGUCUCGUACCUCACUAUCCCGGAGACAGCGAAGACUCGAUGGACUCUUCCAGAGUAGCACGCGGAACGCCAGAACCCACGGCCGAAGUCGCAGAGUUUCUGACACUCCCGUCUGUGUGUUCGUGCGUAGAUCUCGGUAACUGUGUCCGGGAGUUGAGCGACGUCUGUAACCAGUUGGUGUUUGGAGGGAGAGAAGGGGAUGUGGGGAUGAUGUCACUGGAAAUUGGGGAGGAGGUGGAGCUAGCUGAGCCGUCAACUGACACCUGCUGCUCCCCAGAACUAACUGGGAUGGAGCUGCUAAAUCUCACACCACAAUCUCCAACUUCUGCCGACAACCACAAACAACAGUCUGCCUUGCAACCUGCAGCAACUGUCUACAGGGAGGAUUUGGCUGCUGAAACUGAGGAAAAACUAUGGGCAGCAGUGGGGGGUCUCUUCACUUACCCACAAUACAGACCCUAGGCUAAGGAUACAGACAUAUUCUCUGGGGGACAAAGAAAUUUUCAAACUCUCCUUCGUUAGUGGCACGUGGCAAUUGAGGGCUCUUCAAGACAACCACACCUCAGCUGGCAGUACUGUAGCCCAGGAUCUCUCCACUUCACUAUUUCUACUUUAACCCAUUCCAUUCUCACUUUUAACCCCUUUCAUUCUCUCUCAUCCGACUCCAAUCACUCCCACUUCACUGUCUGAUUUAACCCCUUCCAUUCCAACUUUUUAACCCCUUUCAUUCUCUCUCUCUCACUGACUCCACUCAUCGCUAUCUCCCUCUUCAUCAAAACUCAGCUGUGUCCAGUGUCAAUUUGUCUGUGUAUAUGCACACAUGAACUCAUCUGCCACCAUCACUUUUAUAUGACCCAACACCUAUCAGUCGCCAAUCACUGCUCAUCAGUUGUUAAUUACAUGACCCAAUCCACCCGAGCAGAUUUUAAAGUUGUUUCAAGAAAUAAACAGUCGGAGUUUUAGCUAGCUAAGGAGGGAAAGUAGUAGGACUUUAUUAUAGAGAGCAAAGGAUCGAGAAUCUAGCUAUAGGAUUUGAUCAGACUAACUCCGCUAAAAGACCAAAGUUAGGGUUGCCCCAUCCCGACGUGGGGUCCCAUCCAUCGAUCGCUUUAAACCCGGGGCAAAAAACUCCACCCCCAUUAUUCCCUUCGGUGACGUCAAAGAAGCCUUUCCCUUGCAGGGUCUGGUACAGCAGCGGGUUUAGAAACCCAAGAGUGGGUUUGCCCAUGUUCAAACGAACGUCGUUCAGGCUCGAUACGAUCCCGGCAAAAGUAGGAGCGGCACAGCUUGUACCACUGACAGGGAAAGGUAGUCCAUCGUACUCGAUCAAAAAGUCUGUCGAGAAGGCGCUGACGUCUGGGUACGCCCGUCCGCUUUGGUUGAAGUGUUUAGUAUCCGGUGCCUUCCCACUCUUGAGAUACGUCUGUACUAUAUCAUACUGGUACUCUGGUGUUGGGAAGAAGUUUGAGAAACCACCUCCACCAUCACCCCACACGCUCUUGAGCGACGUGGUUCCUCCAACUGUCGUCACGUACGGGCUGCUGGCAGGCCACAUGGGGUUAAACUUCUCCUGUAGUCCGUGGCAGUCGACCCCGCUGUCUCCCGCGGCGAAAAGCACCGAGCGGCCGGAGACACCAAACUUCAUGAAUUCGGUGUCACAUCGUGUAAGAUAGUCCCUCGCUAUCGAGGUCUCGGUGUCUCCAUAACUUGCCGAGUGGACCCACGGGGACUCAGUGGUGUUUACCUGUCCGACAACCCACGAGAGAAAAUCCUCCUGUCCGUUGUUAGCGUAGGUUGAUAUGGAAACAAACCACGUGCUGACGUUACGACCGGUGGCACUGAUGUACUGUACAUCGAGCUCCGCUUCGGCACCGGCGUCGCCUUGUUUGUUUUCACCUACCACCUUUGUGAUCGGUCGCACGGGGAGGUCGUACUUUGACUGAAACUUUCCCAGGUCGGAAGGGUUGAAGUAUUGCUUUAGGAACCCUGCCACCGCCUGUGAGUUCCCAGGGUUUGUUGACACAUACCCGGACGUGUUGUAGUCCUUAGCAAUGCUUUGUGGAGUUACACCCAAGUCACCGUCGCUGUUGACACCCUUUUUCGCGAGUACGCGCGGUCUCUCCGGAAACUCUUUGAUGCCGAAAACAAAGUCGACGUGUCCGCGGAGCGACGCGGGGAGCGUGUAGCGUUCCGACUUUACCGUCUUGUAGUCGUCGAGUUCUCUGUGACGAUACUCGUAAAAUUCGGCCGAGAAUACGUCCUCGAUUUUUCCUACCGGUGCAAACACCACUGCAAAGUCUUUGCCCAGCGUGAAGUCAAUGCUCGCUUCUUGGAUUCCCAGCAGAGCGUAGCGUGAUCGAUGACGGCUCGUACGGACUCCGGCCGCCCGUGCACGUACUCUGCGAUCUUGUCGAAAUUGAGGUAGUCCCCAUAGCGAGGUCGAAUCGGGGUAAGACACGGCUUCGAGCGUCUCUUUCAGCCACCCGACGUUCGUCUGGUUGAUGGCGAAGGUGAGUUUCACCUUGUGCUCGCUACUAGCCUUUCCGAGUCGAACCCACUCACUGGGGCUGUACGCAGCAGCCAGAGAUCCAGCAAGAAGCAGAGGUAAGAGAUACACCGACGGUCGCAUGGUGGUUCCACUACUGCACUGGCUGUGCGUGGG